AUGAAGCAGGAUUUAGAUCAAAUAAGGGGUCAUAUUAACCUUAAGCAAGAUUUGCUAAUUUAGGAGUAAACAGAAUUAAUUGAAGAGUAUCAGAAACUAAUCAAAUAUGAACGCAAAGAAUAGGAUAAAAUUGAAGAACACUUUAAUAAGAUACAACAGAUUCUUUUAAAGCUAAAGUCCUAAUAGAGAUAAAAGCUAAGAGAUCUAAUGUAGCCAUUCAAAACGGGCUGUGAAUAGCAAAUCAAGAAAAAUCAUGAAGAACAGGAAUCUCUGGCUUAUUACGUCUCAGAGAUUCGAAGCAUUGAUGAGGAAAUUCGUUUUUCAAGGGAUCUAAGGCAAACUAUGGAUAGCAUCUAAAAUCUUGUUGAAGAUAUAAAGCAAAAGGAUAUUGAUAUAAACUUGAGAUAGAGAGAGCUCUUUGAAGGGGUAAGCGAAUACAUGAAACAAAGAAUUAGGUAUAGUACCAAGCAGAUUGAUGACACUUUGAUUUAAAAUGAGUUAUAGAAUCUAUCAGGGGAAUUUAAUGUUAUUUACCCUAAGGAAAAACAUCUAAACUUAAGUCUAAAUCAAAUUAUUAGUAUUGAUCCAUAGAAAAAAUCAUGCUAGUUUGAGUUUGCUGAUUUAGAUGUAAAUUUUUAAAGCUUUUGUAACUUAAACAUAAGAGAGAUUAGAAAGGUGUUUAUCCAUUUCUAGAUCAAUCAAACUGGAGGUUACUAAUCACUUAAUUGUGCUGAAUCAAAAGAAUUAUUUAGCUUUUUUGACCUAGAUAACAUGACUUUUAAUAAUCUCGACUGCACACUUAGAAUGAAUACUCCAAGAAAAGACUAUUCACUAUGCUAUUAAUAUAUAAAAGAGAAAAAUUAUUAAGAACUGAAUAUUUAUGCAGUAAGUGGAUAGAAUUCAAAAGACUUUUAGAUAGCUUAAUCAAUAGAAAGAUUAGACUUCUAAGAUCCCAAGGAUAUAAAAUGGUAGAUUGUAGGAUCACUUGAGAUACCUAGAAUCAAAGCUUAGUCUAUAGUUAUAGAUGAUAACAUAUAUGUAUUUGGAGGCUAUGGAAAAACCUUAAAAAAUCUUGCUUUUGUUGAGAUCAACUAAAUAGAAAGAUUGAGAAUCAACAGGUAUUAAUAGCAGCAAAAAAUGAUUAGUGAAAUACUUAAUCUCAAGAUAGAUAACAUGCUUGUUAGAAAAAUAAAAAGCUUACAUUAAAUUGAUGACAUUGGUGGUAUAAUUCUUGUCUCUCAGGAUUUGAACAAACCUAGUAACACCUUCGAUAUUACAUUAUUUACUGUGCUUGAUAACUACCAGCUUGAGAAUAAAGCACACAUAAAUAUCUAAUAUAACACAGCUAAUAAAAUGAGUAAUCCUCCAUAGCUUAUUUAAUCCUGCAACUUCAAAGAGAAAUUUUACCUUGCCUCAAGCGAUCAAUUAUAGCUAUUCAAUUUUACACAAGAUUUCAUCACUAAUAAGAAGCUGAAUGACUAUAACAACUUGUGCUUAGAUGAUCUUUAAGAUUUUAGAUUUGCCUUUGAUAAUAGAAAUUCAAGAAUGAAGUAAAAGAGGUUAAACUCAAAAUGUGAUUUUGAGUUAUAGACCUUAAAGGGGUCCUAUUGUUUUGAAUGA